AUGGCAGAAGUGGAAGAUCUUACGAAUCUUGCAAAACCUACCUCAGAUGCUACUUUAACAAUACGUUGCAUCAAAAAUUUUGAAUAUCGUACCUGUAAAAACCUUGUACUUCAACAUGUCAAUCUCGAAACAAGUACAGUGGGUGAUUUAAAAAAGUUGGUCUUGGAAAAUACACUUAAAGUAUACACUGUUGCUCAUGGACAUAAGACCAUGAACUUGAUCAUUAACAUUGAAGAUGAUGACAAGUUGAUCCUUUCUGAUGAAGACGCUGUUUUAGCUUGGCAAGGCAUUGAAAAUGAAACUGAAUUAUCCUUCUUUAAUAUGGCAGAUUACUUAGAAUUUAAAAAGCAUCCUGAUGUUAUGAAAUGGUAG